AUGUGUGGUGCACGAAGACGAGCGGCUCUAAUGCGUGUAUCGAAUCUUCUGGACGGUGAGCUGCAAAGAAUGUACGCUCAAGGACGUGCCGAUACCCAAAUAUGCAACACUAGACAAAUUACCCUGGUAGAGUUCUUAGAAUACCUGUUCUACAAAGUGAAUGACGCGAUCAAUUCGUUGGACGGCGGCCAACAUCGCGGUUAUCAUCGAUUAGUUCGAUUUCAGCAUAAGACAAAAGAUAAAGCGGGUUUGCCAACGACGGUGCUCACGAUUCCGCUAGCCGGAGAAGAUCAGUCCUUACCGCCCCCGUCGAUCGUCUCCAAUUCCGGCGUCUACUCGGUCACGUCACCGCGAUCGAGUUGUGAAGAAUAUGAGGAUUAUGAUAAGAUUUCCGACGAAGGCUUCUACAACUCGUCGUCCCGUCAAACUACCGUAAUCGACGAGCCUGCAAGUCAUUCAACACUGUGCAGAGUGUUGUACGAUUUUGAACCGAAGCACGAUGAUGAGAUUCAAGUUCGUGCUGGUGAAUGUGUGGUGGUCGAAGAUCGACUUCGGUGA